GUUAUUGACACUGAACGCGACGCGACGCGACGCGACGCGAAACGCUCUCACGAAGAACGAAUAAUCCGACGCCAAGCGAUCACGACGGCGGUGGGCGCGCGCGAUGCUGCGAUGCUUCGUGCGGCGCCGUGAAAGCCGAACGUGGCCGAAGCGGCCGACGGCGCUCGAUCGAACGUCUUCGUUGACGGUGCGUUCGUGCAGUCUCAGGCCGCACUGCCGCCUUCGGACUUGUUCGUCUUUUACGAUUUUUCGUACUUUUCGCUUCGCAUCGUCACGUGAAGCCCACUAACGAUCGGAUCGUUUCGUCUCUGCGGUCGCCGCUUCGUCCGCGCCCUUUUCACAUCUGCAACACUUCCCAUGCACGAUAGUAUCGGCGCUUUUCCGCCGCACGUCGGUAAAAUCGUCGCGAUAACUAUCAGAACAUUCUUGUAACGUUCGACGUCAUUCUCGUGAUGCACAGUAUGUUUUUUCGCCACGACGAUUACAACGUCUCGUAAUCAUCGACGAGAGAUCGAGAACGCGCAUGAUUGAUCUUUCCGAGUGUUUCCGUAGAAAAUACUUUUCGCUUGAUGACAGUAUUAUUACCACUGUAUAUUUUCUUGCUAAGGAUUUCCCGACAAUUUUUCUCGCUGAUACUUCGCGUUUGGAAGGAUAAAUCCUCGGCUGAUUAAGGGAAAUCUCCCCUGAUGUCUCGGAAAAUGCAAACUCGUUUGUGAAUUUAUCACAAAUUUCCCUCAACGAGAAAGAAAAAACGGAGAGAUGCCACGUGAAGAAAUUUAGUUGAUUGAAACGAAAACUACUGCCUUGUAUUUAGAAACAAGCGUAUCUCGUGGGGAAAGAAAAACAGGGUGAAGGGGACAAUAGAGAAUUCGGUAUGAUCCGUGGUGGAAGUAAAACCCGCUCGAGAAUAUUAGGCGGGGUGGUGGAGGCAUGGAAGCCGAAGCUGGCCGACCGUCUCUUCAGAGGCUCUUCAGAGGCACCUUGCCAUCUCCGGGAAUACCCGGAUUAGAUGUCAUAAGAGCCCUGCAUCAAACGGUCGUGUCGUUGCGUUCGGCCUUGGACUCAUCGCGAGAGGAACUUCGUCGUCUACAAGAGAGCGUCGGGACUUUCUCUGGCGAGAGUUACAUUGACGCAGUCAGCCGCCUGGCCCUCGAGAAUCACGUACUCAGGCGAAGGAUCUUGAGCAGAAGCUGCGAGUUUUCCAGCGAUGCAACAACCAGUCCACCACCUCAACCCAGACGCGUUCGAUUGAUCGUUCGAGAGACCGACACAGAUCAACACUUGGAUUCUGCGAAGACCAGUAUGGACGUGUCUAAGAAAAAGGCCGCCGCUAGCGAUAUCCAGAAUACAAUCGAUCAGCCUGCCUCUGGACGCAGCAGUAGUAGCAGUAGCGGCAACGACAGUCCUGAUCCAUCAUCACACGCCAGUCGAGCCAGCAAACUUCAAACUUCAUCGAAAUCUCCCAAAAGCACGACUAGUUCGAAAAUUAUCGAGCCCGCACCUAUGAUGCUGAACGUUCCUCCAAUCGAAAAUCACAAGUCUUCGACUUCGACAACAAAUGCGAUUAAUAGCGAAGAAGAGUCGCGAGUGGAAGGAGUCUCAGGCGACACGGUUAAUGUGGAUCAUCUCGACGUCCCCGAUAAGGAUACCGAGGACUUGAGUCUAAAGUCCAUUUCUGACGGUGACAAUUCCGUGUUCAGCGACCAUGUGGAGCAAACGCAGCUGUCUCGGCAGGGUCAGCAGCAGAGUGAUCCCUCGAGAGAACGGCCGAACGAACACUCGGAGAACGAAUCGGAGGAACUGGAUGACAUCGAACUGAUAUUCACGACGGACGAGACUUGCCGCGAUCUCGGUCUGCAGGAGGACUUGGUGUCCAUUACGGAGACCGAGACCUGGCAACAGGCUAGCGCUGGUACCACCGGCCAGCCUGUUCUUCUCAAGUACACCAAAUCGACGGAGGGUGGUGAGUCGCUAGUCUGUAACGGCGAUAAAACCAGCUCCGUUGAGGAGGCCGUCUCCUCGCAGAGCUCCAGCAUCGACCGCGAGGAGAGCGUCGAUAGAUUCGACGAGAGUUCCAGUACCAGGCUCAACAAGAUGUGGUCGCAAUGUUCUGUCUUAGUCGAAACGGACAUUAGCAAGUGCGGUGUACUGGAGGACACCGAAGGCACGGCUGGAUCGUCCUUACGGCACGCCGCGAGAAGAAACACCCUGGCUGCACCACCCACAGCUUAUAGACCCAUUAUUCAUCGGGAAGCUUUGGUAGCUGGUAGUCGAAGAAAGAGCUCCGCACCAUUGCGACCGGUGAUGGACCGUAGCAGCAGCGGCGCCAGAAGAGAAUCCGGCGCCCAGACGGACAUAUCCGCGCUGCCAGCACAAUGGCGCUCUGAGAGCUAUUUGGCGCACAAGGUCGCGCAUACUUUUACGACGCUGCCGAGUAAGUUCGCGCUGCCAACGGGAGUGCCUGGCCGGCUGAGGCUGUCGGACAAGACUCGAGAAGCUAGGAGAGUCAUGUUGUCGGACAUCAGUUUCACCAGCAUGGUGCCGGAAUUGUCGAGGAGCGCGGAUCACCUAUGCCAUGAUCCACACGCUCAGACGUGCUUCAAUUCGCGCGGCUGUGGUCUCCGUACACCGGAGGCUCAUCGGCGUGAAUCUUUAGGCUCUCCCGCCGGAUAUUGGCCACGUUGCAAUCCCGCGACGGGUCUGCCGAGUCCUUGCGAUUGUCGCUUGUCGAGCGAUCUAUAUCCGUCGCGAUACCGCGGCUCCUUGUCAUCGAUACCGUCGCCAGGCCUCGAGGUGGUCGGCGGUCCUCCGCGGAGGCAUUCCUGGAGAGCGACAGCAGCAUCUUUCGAUACGUGGAGGAUGCCAGUCGCGACUUCUACGCCGCGACCCACGUGGUCCUCGAUGCCAUCAUCUCCAACACACGUACAUCCCCCAACAACCUCCUCCAGAGCCUUGAAAAAUGUACCAAAGAGGACGCGAUCUAAGGUGACCUUCCAAGAAUGUCCAAUGACGCGCGGUAGUCUACCUAACUUGCAUUCGGACUCAGUCGGUGGUGAGAACAGCGGAGAUUCCACCGAGUCGUUAAUUGACGAAGCCGAGGAUUACCUGCGACGAAGUAUCGACUCUAUGCUGACGAUAUCAAGCGCCAGCACAGACUAUUGGAACAAACAGACAGCGAAGCGAAGAAGAGCCCGUAGACACUCGGAGCCUGACUUGAUUCGCGAUUGGCAUCCUCCUCAGGAUGCUAGGCCAUACUUGCCAAAGAUACCAAGGGACCUCAAACUGGAUCAUCUCGUGAAGGUCAUAUCGCCGGAGGGUAGAGUCCUCCAAGGUCGUGUGAGGUAUAUAGGUUCUGUUCCAGGCCGGGAAGAUCCACACGUGGGCGUUGAACUGCCAUAUCGCAACGGUUCAUCCGACGGUACAUUUCAUGGCAGAAAGUUCUUCGAAUGUGAACCAAAUCGAGCGAUUUUCGUUCCAUUCAAGAAGGUGGUACUCGCCUGGUGCACUACUUGACCCGCACUCACCUCUGCGGCCACUACCCCUCGUAUUUUACUCUCCCAGUACACCAUGUAAAAGUCGAAGAAACGUAAGUCGUACUUACAAUCUCUGAUGAGAUUCAGUUGCGAUAACGUGAUUUUUCCUAAUCUCCGGCGAUUAAUUCUCUUAUUCCCACGGUGGAAUUGUCAUUACGUGUUCAAAUCGCUAAUUGCAUCUGCACCUACACUCGACAGCACGCACGUUGAAAUUUACUAAAAACCGCGCCUACAUCAUCUUUACAGUCUAUCGUAUGCCACAACGAAAAUGUAAUCAAUAUAAUAUCAAUGUAAUCAGUACACACGCAUACAUGCGCGCGCACGCGCCUACACAUACAGACAGCUCGCUCCGUUUCAUAUUUUCGGUGGAUCAUCACCACUGCCUGCGGGAAUAGUAGCGACGAGUUCCGCGACAUCGAUGUCUUGUACUGUGUCUAAUCUCCUAAAGAAUAUCUUUCUUAUAACUACGCGAGAAGUCGGCGAGGUGUUUCUCGGCAAUAACUUUGAAAAACUUGAAUCGAAUAUACCUUACUGGCUGCUAAAUGUAGACAAACACAAGCAUAUUAAUAAAACGCUCAACGAUGAAAGAUCGAUUGGGAAUGAGAGAAUUAAAUUACAACUUCACGUAUGAUUUUUCAGUUCAGUUGAAGUAAGAGAAGGAGGCGCGAGUAGAUAAAUCAGCCGCUAAUUAAUUUUCACAGCGGACAUAAUCAAAACUAUCGAUAGUUCCCGUCAAUGUUCGAAAGGCUAACUCUGGUGCGGUGAACGCUGACAUAUUUUAUUACACGGCGUAGCACACGCAUUGUGAUCGUAUUCUCACGCGAGCAAUCUCGACGAGCCGUUAACGUUUGUUCACCGCGAUAUUAUGACAUUUAGUUGUUAAGGAAUUGUCUUCCUUGUUUCCAACAAGGAACAUAUACACAAAACAAAUUGUUUUGGCUACCGCGAUUAACUGAUUAUUAUUAUUAGUCACAAAUACACACAUCGAGAGAAAAGAUGCGCGCGCGUGUCAGUCCGUUAUUAUAGAACGUCCCUUUGUCAAGAUAGAAAAUUGAUUUUUCUCGUUGAAUAUUUUACACGACAGAUUGUUUCUCUCCCUGCGUAAUACGACAGUUACUAAUAAAUAUUACUUUUUAGUCUAUCCUAGUAUACAGGAUAUCUCAGAUCACCUUCUCUCGUGAGGAUGUGGAGCGGAUUGAGGUGAACACAAAAGUCCUAUACUGUUUUGCGAUAUUCUCAAUAAUAACCGAGAAAUUAAUUGUAAAAGAUUAAAGAAAAACGCACGCUGAAUGAUUAAGGGAGGAGCGCUCGUGACCCAGUAAUAUAGCAGGCAGAUGUCAGCGCGCGGCUUACAUCGCUACGAUCUUACGUCUUGCCGCACCGUGUCGAGCCGAGAUGUAGGAGUGCAGUAAUAUAAAUAUAGGCAGUGGUGCGUUGUUUUUCCAAUCACCGCGUUCUUGACAUCCGUGCGUUAUAUUAUUAGGCCACGAGCGCUUCUCCCUCAACCAUUCAGCGUGCGUUUUUCCUUAACGUUUUACAAUUAAUUUCUCGGUUAUUAUUGAGAAUAUCGCAAAAUGGUAUGGGACUUUUGUAUUCAUCUCAAUCCGUUUUACGUCCUCACGAGAGAUUGUGAAGGUGAUCUGGAACACCCUGUAUAAAAAUAUCGUUUUAUUUUAUUUCUACAUUGGUAAUCGAACAUACAAUUUAACAGUCAAUAUCCACUGCAAAAACUUGUUCUCGACGUGUGUGUUUUUAAGCGAGACUAAAAUGAAUAGAGGAAACUGAGAUCCAACUCUCAAGACGCGCGGCCGUAACGAAUAUAGAUUCCUUAUCAAUCUAAUAAUAUCUCAUAUAUCGCGCGCGUUGCUUACGAAUUCACGAGCUUUCGAUGAACAAAUGUUUUAGUGUACGUAUGUAUAUGUAUUUUAUGUAUAUGUAUACUUAUAUCUGUACAUUUUAAAGAGACACGCGUAUAUAUAAAGUGUGGGCACUACACUUGGCUGUAUAAAGACAAAUAUUACGUAUACCCGAGGCAAUUACUUACCGUUUUAUCGAUGAAUCCGAUACGUUUGAUUUGUUCGGAGAGCAAGGAGGACCGGUCGAUGCAUCGAUUCCGCUGAAUUUCUAGAUUCAUAGAUAUUCCUAGCUGAAUGUUAACGUAAAGACAAAAAAAUAAUAAAAACAAGGAAAUUGUUGUCAGUCCCCCUCACUAUUUAUUGUAAUCGUAUAACAAGUAUCAGAAAAUAAAGAAAAUUGAAUUAUAAUGCAA